CUUUCCUUUACUCCACCCUGCUACGACUCGCUCCGCCUCCCGUUGUCCCCCAGCCCUGCUCUUCUCCGCUCCCCCUUUCCUGCCUUCCUCACUCCCCAGCCCACACAGGGCAGCACCCGCCUCCGAGGCCCACCUCGCCGGCGACGAUGAACGGGGGCGGGCGACGGCGCUACUCCUCGGAGCAGCUCCUCUUCGACGUCCCCGCCAAUGCCGCUGCUGCUGGCGGUGUCGGCAGGUGGACCCAGCGAGGUGCGGUGCGGCGCGGGGACGGGGAGAUCUUCGUGUCGGUGGACCCGGCGACGCCGUCGCGGUUGCGCGGAGGGGACGGGGCAGCCGUGGGGUCUCCGGGGCAGAGGCAGCAGUUCAGCCCCGGGCUGCUUGAUCUCCACGCCUUUGACACGGAACUUAUACCUGAUUUUCAAGUACAAGGGAUGUAUGAUGGUGCUCAAAAGUUUAGCUCUGCCAAUGGAGUGGGCUUUGAUGAUUCUGAUGUAAGCUUCGCUACAAAUAAGCAGAUAAGCAAGUCCACUGUUUUUGCCGAGAGUAACUACCUCACGGCCUUUCCUGAGAAAGAGAAGGUGGCUCCUGUUGCCAAAAUCAAAGUGGUGGUGCGCAAAAGACCAUUAAACAAGAAGGAAAUAUCUAAGAGGGAAGAAGAUAUCAUAGACAUUGAACAAAGUUCAAAUUCUUUGACUGUCCAUGAGACUAAACUUAAGGUUGACCUCACUGAAUAUGUUGAAAAGCAUGGAUUUGUAUUUGAUGCUGUUUUAGAUGAGGAUGUUUCAAAUGACGAGGUUUACCGCGAAACAGUGGAACCUGUGGUUCCUGCUAUUUUUAACCGUACAAAGGCAACUUGUUUUGCGUAUGGACAAACUGGUAGUGGGAAAACGUACACCAUGAGGCCACUUCCUUUGAAGGCCUCCCAAGACAUUUUGAGACUAAUGAACCAUACAUAUCGCAAUCAGGGCUUUCAGUUAUUUUUUAGUUUCUUUGAGAUAUAUGGUGGGAAAUUAUUUGAUCUUCUAAACGAAAGGAAUAAACUUUGCAUGAGAGAGGAUGGAAAGCAGAAAGUUUGCAUUGUCGGUUUACAAGAGCACAGGGUAUCUGAUCUUGAAACUAUCAAGGAGUUGAUCGAAAGAGGGAAUGCAACCAGAAGUACCGGUACAACUGGUGCAAACGAGGAGUCCUCUCGAUCUCAUGCUAUUCUUCAACUUGCUAUUAAAAGGCGUGUUGAUGGAAAUGGCUCCAAGCCACCCAGAUUGGCUGGCAAGUUGUCGUUUAUUGACCUGGCUGGCAGUGAGCGUGGUGCUGAUACAACCGACAACGAUAAACAAACAAGAAUUGAGGGCGCUGAGAUCAAUAAAAGUUUGCUCGCCUUAAAGGAAUGUAUCAGAGCGCUUGAUAACGAUCAGACUCAUAUUCCUUUCCGAGGCAGCAAACUGACUGAAGUGUUGCGAGAUUCAUUCAUUGGAGACUCACGCACUGUCAUGAUAUCAUGCAUUUCCCCCAGUUCUGGUUCUUGUGAGCAUACUCUGAACACAUUGAGAUAUGCUGAUAGGGUGAAGAGUCUGUCAAAAGGAAGCAACAGCAAGAAAGAUGUGCCUUUGGCUUCUGCACCUUUACGAGAGUCAAGUCCUUCCCCAUUGCCUUCACUGGUACCCUCUUUCUCUGCAGCUGAGGUAAUGAAUGAUAUCACUGAAAGGAAUAAUUUUGGUUGGCCUAAGCAACAGUACGCCAAAGAACAGCCAGCGCCAUCGUUUGUGGAUAGAAUGCCCAAGGCUAGGGAAAAUAUGGAGUUUAGUUUGUCAAAUGGUGGUUAUUUUAAUGGACAAGAAACCAAAGGUGCUUCAGCAACAGGUAUAGCUGUAGUACCAGACACAAUGUACCAGCAGGGAAGGCAGCAGGCACGUAAGGGUAGAGAUCCAGCUUCAGAGAAUAACAUGAGAAAUUCUAUUGCCUACCCAGUCAGAAGGGCUGCCGUGGAUGAAGAUGACCAUCUGAAUGAUCUCCUUCAGGAAGAGGAGGAUUUAGUGAGCGCUCACAGAAAGCAAGUGGAAGAGACCCUGGAUAUAAUUAAAGAGGAGAUGAACUUACUAGUUGAAGCAGAUCAGCCUGGCAACCAACUCGACGACUACGUUACACGACUUAGCAGUAUACUCUCACAGAAAGCUGCUGGAAUCGUGGAUUUGCAAGAUCGUCUGGCACAGUUCCAGAGGCGCUUAAGUGAGAACAACGUGCUGCUAUGUUCCGAGAGCCCUUGAUCAAAAGAGUAGCCUAUUUUGGUCUCUACUGCGAGGGUAAUGUGGAACUUGGGGGACACAGCCAGAGUCAAAUCAGCAUGUGACUAUGUGAGCUAUGUGAGGUCUUCUGCACCCCAGCCAACGCAGAUGCGCCGUUGCAGUUCUGAACCCAUAAGAUGUGGCAAAUGGAGAACUAGACGGCUAGUUCAUUGCUGUUUUCCGUGGCCAACUCCGUAACCUAUUUGUACCUGAGUUGCGCCCUUGUGUUCGUGUGCUCCGUACUCCCAUUCGAUCCAUGUGUAUGUGUAUAUCCGUCUCUCAUGAGUUGUCCUGCUAUUUGUUCAUCAGCAAAUAUGCUUUUUUUGUCCGAUGUGUAGAUUUCCGAGA